AUGAAAUGCUCGGGGUGUCUCAAAAUUAUCACAAAGGAAGAUUACGUCGUUUGUACUUCUAAAUUCUGUUCAAGGACGCUGCAUACAAAUUGUUCUAAUGCGCGAAACCUUACAUCACAGCAAAAAGAAGUCUGGGUUUGCCCCGACUGUCAAGCUAGCACUAGGAAGAGUGGCGACAACGCUAAUACUCCUAUCCGCUCUAAUGAAAAUGUCACACACCGCAAGAAAACCAUUGCCACCACUUGCCAGGACACUCAGAGUUCCCCCAACCACGAAGUGAUAGCUGAAAUUAGAUCGUUACGGCAAGAUAUGAUCAACAUGCAGUCUGAUCUUAACAAACGUUUCGACGACCUCCUGUCCAGGUUUGGCGAGUGCGAAGCGCGUAUUAAAUCACUUGAACAGAAGGAAAAGAAAAAUGACCAGCUCAAGGCACAGGUCGCCCAACUUCAGAGCCAACUUAAUAAACAGACUCACAACGCUCUACGGUCUGAGAUAGAAAUAUUAGGGUUGACUGAAACUCCCAGGGAAAACCCUUAUCACCUUGCCUUGAUGACUGCAAAUAAAAUAGGGCUUAAGCUUGAAGAACACGACUUAGAUUACGUCUCACGAACUGGCACACUAAACAAUGGCAAACCUGGCGGGAUGCAGCUACCUCGACCACUGGUGGUCUCCUUUACCAGACGAUCCAAACGAGAUGAGCUACUCAAGGAAGCGAAAACUCGACGUAAUCUUGAUAGUCAAGAAAUAGUUGGACCGGGACCGCAGCGAAGGGUGUUUGUAAAUGAACGACUUACCUACGAAACUCGUCAUCUUUUUCGCGUUGCACGGAACUGGACUCGUGAACACGGCUACAAGUUUUGCUGGGUGCGAAAUGGCUCCGUGUAUAUCAGAAAACGAGAAGGACGUGAAGGCUCUCCGCCAAUUGCAAUCCAAGAUAUCAGAGACUUGGAGAAACUCUCAGGGAUACACUCCGCAAACGAAGCUAAAGAAGACCACCACUAA